AUGGUGCUCUCUGCAGGCAUGGCUAGUAUUCGUCGCGUUUUGGGUAGAGGUAAGGUCGUGGCAGACUUAGAUCAACUUAGUCCUAUUUCGCCCAUGCAGUGUAAGAAAGAUUCCGUAGUGACUAUCGAGAGAAUAGACAAGGUUAAAAACAAGCGCACCGAUGAGGCCAGUUCGAAGUUGAAACAAUUCCUCCAUCAAAUUUCACUCGAACAGAACUCCUCGUCAGGGCUGUCGACAAAGAAACGGAAGAACGUAUCACCAAAUCGAAGCAAAAGUAUGUAUGCCCGACAAAAUAUGGAGACCGGUGAUGUUGCUGGCCUGUCUCGGGAACAGUCACUUACCCCUGAAUCUAAAUCUCAGGUUUUAACAGACGUCAACAAGCGACCGAGGAGAAAUAUUCGAAGUAUACAGCGUAGCAAAAGUAUGUGUGAAAGGUCGUCGUCGUCAGCUAUAGCCAGGUUGUCUACCAAAAACAAUAAACCUGGGAGUGAGGCCGUCGAAGUGGGCCCAGAAUCCCUUUCAGAACGAAUCUCCUCCAAAUCAAUUAAAGUGAUCGCAGGUAACUGUAAUGACAAGACUGUAGUACAAGCAAAUAGCUCUGUCUCUCCUCCGGAAAGCAGUACAUAUUCAAGCACAACAGGGACGCCUCGAAGCCGCAAAAGCCCGAUCUACUUACUGAAGGGCCGCAAGAGCCGCGGAAGCAGUCGCUACGCCCAAAGGGGUGAGCAAGUAUACAUUGUGCCCUUGUCAGGUUUUGACCAGGGCGUGGACAACCAUCACGGAGAUGAUGUAGCGUUUUCCGGGAAGAACGUCACCUCCCUCGGUAAUGCUACCAUAUCUAAUCUGAAGACGCUUAGACGACGGAGCGAAAGCCUUACCGAUCCCUGGGAAAAAGUAAACCAAAGUUCUAUGGAGCGUAGAAGAACGAAUUCGUUGCCAGAAAGUCACGGAGUGAAAAAAUCGACGGAAGUCAUGCGCCAAUGCAAAAAGAAAAUGCACACUCCUGACUAUAACAACGGAGAUACAAACCAAGAAGUUGCGCUGCACUCGAUGCGAUGCCCAACUGAUGCGCUGGUAUUCUCAAGGACCAUAAAAUCGCCUCCAGUUCGGCGACGAGCGGACAGGAAAACGACAUUGUCUGUGGGUUCGUAUGAUUUAGCUUCACAGUACAGUGAUGAAUACAAGACGGCAGUUAACAAGAAAAGAGUACGCAUAUGUCCAUUCACCGCUACAGUACAGACAUACGGCGUGCAAAUUUACGAUAGGACGGUGCCUGUUGACCGGGAAAGUCUGUGGGGGCGGAUGGAUAUAUACACCGAGUUAAUGGAUUACAAAAUCAACGGCAUGGACGUACAUCCAUCCUCGAGAGAUAACAUGAACUUCCACCUCAAUUCUGUAUCUGGAAGGCAGAAGACCAUACUCAUCAAUUUACUAGCGGGCUUGCGAUAG